GCGUUCGUCUGCAAGGACUCAAAUCAAGAAAAGAAACGUAAGACAUAAAGAAGAAACGCACCUCGCACAUUUAUUUUGUAAGGUCGUGGUCGGAUUGUAAUUACCAAGACGAAUUUUCUUCUAGCUAUGUCCAGUAUCACGACGACCGAAACCACCACCUCCCAGGAUGCGGCCAACGAAUAUUCUGUAGCGUUUGUCACGACGCCGAAUGAAGAGUCCGCAAAGACGCUUGCCCGUAGUGUAGUCGAAGGCAAGCUAGCGGCCUGCGUAAGCGUGCUCCCCGGCCUGGUGUCCUUUUACACAUGGGAAGAUAAACUCAAUGAAAGUUCGGAAUGUUUGCUGAUGAUCAAAACUCGCACUGCACUCGUCAACAGCUUAAUUCAAUUCGUAGUGGAAAAACACGAGUACGACGUGCCGGAAGUGAUAACCUUGCCGAUCACCACUGGAAACCCGGCGUAUCUGGAUUGGAUUGGAAAAUGUGUUCCUAACCCGGGCCUCCCUGUGAAGAGUAAGCAGAAUGAUACUUCGAAAGAAUAACGGGGAAAAAGGUAACGUUCAAGGUGAUCAUCCAGUCAUAUUAUGAG